AUGCCGCAGCCACCCUCCGCCACGCCCGCUCAUACGUGCGGCCUCGCCCGCUGCGCCCUCAGAAGCCCCCUGGAGGCCGGGGAGAUCUGCGCCAGCCGCGCCUCCUCCGUGACCUUACCGCGCGCCCUAGCCACCAGAAGGAGCUCCUGUGGCCCCUGCGCCCAGGAAGGGCUCCCUGCCUCCCCCUGUGGCUCCGCCGUCGCCCAUGCCCUCCCCUGCGCCUCCCGGAGCCACCGCGAGCCAGGCCUCCCCGCGCCCGAGGCCGACCCCGCCGCCGCUACCUGUGACCUUGCGACCCCGAGCGCCCCGGGGCGCGCGCCCUGUGCCAAGGGACGGGUGGGCAGGGGCAGCAGAGAGAGCGGCCUGAGCGCCGGCUGCCGGGCGCCGCUCGGGGGCAGCUACGGCGUCGUGCGCCUCCUGCUGCUGCUGCUCAGCGUGCUGCCCAGCCUCGCCAAAAGCCCCGCGAGCAACGGGCGCAACAGCCUGAUCGGCCACGGCGACGGCGCCUUGCGCGGCGGCAUCUUCCUGCAGAGCAACUACAGCGAGGUGACGGCGCAGGCGGGCGCUACGGCCGCCCUCCACUGCCGCCUCUCCUCGCCCCUCGGCGACGGCAUGGUGUCGUGGGUGCGGCGGCGGGACUACCACCUGCUGACGGUGGGGCGCCAGGUGUACUCGUCGGACGAGCGCAUGGGCGUGAAGGUGACGCCUGACGGAUGCGACUGGGUGCUCACCAUCCGCUGGGUCGAGACGCACGACGCAGGCCUCUACGAGUGCCAGGUCUCCUCGCACCCGCCGCAGGCGCUCAUGGUCAGCCUGCAGGUUGUCGUGGCGCACGCGGAGAUCCACGGCGGGCCCGAGCGCUACAUCCACAGCGGGUCGUCCCUCAUGCUGGUGUGCCUCUUGAAGGGCGCCACGGAGCCGCCCGUCUACGUGUUCUGGUACCGCGGCGACAGGAUGAUCAACUACGACAAAGAGCGCGGUGUCACGGUCGACAACACCCGGAAGGCCUCCAAGCUGUACGUGGCGUCCGUCUCCCGCAGCGACGAAGGCAACUACACCUGCAUGCCUUCCAACGCCUCCCCCGCCUCCGUCUCCGUCACCGUCGUACAAAAUAUCUGA